GUUUUCUUUGAUUGUUGUUAUUUCCGUUGAUUGUUUCCGAUGAUUUAGACCUUAGACUUCAGACCCGCGUUAAGGCCUUGGCCUUAGGGUAGCGCAGUCUGUGGUGUAUGUAAUGCAAAGUUCGGUGCUGUUUUCUCAACUGUACGUUGACUGUUAACAGUGUGACUGGAAAGAAAUAUUUCCGACCUGAAUGUUUUGGGCUUCCUGUCUACUUCUCAUCAGCUUAAGCUAGCCUACCUUGUGAUGGGAAAGCCUGAUGUGUGUGUAAUCGGUGCAGGUGUUAUUGGACUUUCCACAGCAGUUCGGUUGCAGGAGGAUUUACCCGAUCUGCCAAUAAUGGUCAUCGCAGACAAAUUUACCCCAAACACUACAAGUGAUGGUGCUGCAGGAAUCAGCAGAUAUUGGAACAAGAGUAAUCCGCUCCUAUCGAAAUGGGCUGUAGCCACCUUCAAGCAAAUGCAAAACUUGCAUCAAGCAGAAGGUCCAUUAACUGGAAUUCAACAAUUCGUUCUUUUAGACAUUAAUGAUAAAGAAACAAAUUAUGAAGUUGAUGUUGACUAUAGAAAACUCUCAGCUGAAGAACUUAAAAAACUAUAUCCUGGAAAAAAUUAUAAAUAUGGAAACAGUUUCUUAACUUUCAUCGCAGAAUGCAAUUUGUACCUUCCAUGGCUUAUGCACAGAUUCAAAUCAAGAGGAGGAACCAUCUUGGAGAGACAUGUCCAUUCCUUUGAUGAGAUUGCUGAUAACUAUGAUGUGAUAGUUAACUGCAGCGGUCUAGGAGCAAGAAGAUUGGCCAAUGAUGAGAGCAUCAGACCUAAUCGAGGUCAGGUGUUAAGACUUCAUGCACCUUGGAUUAAAAUUGGUACUUUUGACAAUAUAGAUUGGAUUCAUAUUUUGCCUCGUUCUAAUGAUGUGGUAAUUGGUGGAGUACACAGAGAUGGUAGCUGGGAUGAAUCACUGAGUUCUCAGGAUAGAAACUACAUUUGGGAAAAGGCUUGCAAGAUAGAGCCAUCACUGAAAUACGCAACAGUUGUAAGUGAAUGGGUUGGUUUGCGCCCAGCUAGGCCAUCUGUCCGUCUAGAACGCCAAGAUGCGUACAUCAAUGGAAGGAAGUUGAAAAUUGUCCAUAACUAUGGUCACGGUGGUUUUGGUAUUUGUGUUCACUGGGGUUGUGCCGUCGAUGCUUCAGCAUUGGUCCAGCAGUGCUUGCAAGAAAUUCAAUUUAAUUCUAAAUUGUAAUUGAAAGGUAUAUGAUUAUGUACAAAAUAACAAUAGGAUUUUAUUAGUCAGAAAUUCAAGUAUUAAAAUGUUAUAGUAUUAUUAGCUGCAAAAUUGCAAUAAUGAAGACAAAAUAUAGAAUAUUUAGAGCAAUAUGUAAAAAUCAUUAUAUAUGUUUUCACCUGUUGGUGAGCAAACCAGUGUAUAUUUUAUUUGACAAAUUAUGGAUAACAAUUAUAUAAAAGUCAUGGUCAUGGUAUUUGUCACUAGGGCUGAGUUGUUGGUCUGGCAGUGCCUACAAGAAAAUCAAUUUAUAUUUUAAUUGACAAAUUAAGAAUAAUAAUUUUAUAAAAGUUAAGACAAAUUUUAAUUUUGUAAAUUAAACCAUUAAGUGUUAGACUAGGCCUACAGUACUAUCAACCACAGUCGGUAUAUGUUUUACUACACAAAUCUUUAAAUUCUGCCAAUUCAAGAGUCUAUGCAGAUAAGUACAGGUCUUACUCUAAUUAAAGACUCAUAAUUUAUUUAACUGAAAUAAGAGACUGAUAGGUAACAAAGGGAACUAGUCCCUGUACAAAAUGCCUAUCAGAAUACUAUUUUGGUACCAAGGUUUUAGUGGUUUUAAGCAGUUUGGUCUCUAAUUAGAAUCUCUCUAAUUAAAGACUGGCAUUAAAAGUGGUCUUUAAAUAUCACUAUUUAGAGGGAAAUUAAGAAAUGAUAUAGUAAAUGUAAGAUUGUCUUAUUCCAAGUGUAGUUUUAGUUUAGUUAGUUUUUAUUUGGAAUCACUUUUAUUACAGUGGCACACAUUCAAAAUGAUGGUGCAUCCAAAAGACGAAAAUCAACAGAAAAUUGAAAAGAAGAAAACAACUUAACUACGUAAAUCAUUACGAAACUAAAGGUUCGGUAAAUAAAGCCAAAUGGCAACGUUCCAUCAAACAAAUUCAUUAUAAAUAAUAAUAAAGAUAAAAAAUAAUGAUUAAAAAAAAAAAGGCAACUUAAAAAUAUUGGUGGUACUUAAGUAUUAAUGUUCUUAUAGAUAUUUGAUCUUAAAUUCCAUGCUUGCUUGAAUGUAAAAUGGAUUUACAGAUCUUAAUACAGUAAACCAUUUCUCGGUAGUUGCACAUUUCUCUGUAUUCGCAAUAUAGAGCACUGUAUACACAAACUGAAGAACUUUAAUAACAGAAGAAUAACUUGUUCCGCGUAUUUGCAUUGAAAUUCAUGGAACAUCCGCCCUCCCGCGGGCAGGGUAAAAUUUGUCCAUUUGAUUUAGUGGAAAAACUACAGGAAACAAGCGAAUCAGAGCAGCGCAUUUAUUAUUGAUAUAUAGCGCCACCGCGCGGACGGGGUGAAAUUCUUCUUUGUGUACCCACAAUACACUUCGAACAGAUGUUCCACUAAAUUAGGAAGUUGCUCUACCUGCUAUUUAUUAUCUUUGACAAAACAUCGUCUUAUGCUGUGUAUUAUUGUGAUGUAUACAGUCAUAUCAUCAUCAUUUAUUAUCUCUUAAAAAACUGCAUUAAAUUCAAUAUAUAUUGUAAUAUUAUUUGAUAAUUAUAUGAGAAUGUACAUUAUGUUUGAAUGUUUUAUUCCAAGUGUUGUAGAAUGGAUUAUUGUAUGCUGUUAACUGGUUCCUAUUAAACCAUUUCUUGGCAGCCUCACAUAAA